AUGUCUGGACGCGGAAAACAAGGUGGCAAAGCCCGGGCUAAGGCCAAGACACGCUCCUCGCGGGCUGGACUUCAGUUCCCUGUGGGCCGAGUGCACCGUCUGCUUCGCAAAGGGAACUAUGCCGAGCGUGUCGGUGCGGGCGCGCCGGUGUAUCUGGCGGCGGUGCUGGAGUACUUGACGGCCGAGAUCCUGGAGCUGGCGGGCAACGCGGCCCGGGACAACAAGAAGACCCGCAUCAUCCCGCGCCACCUGCAGCUGGCCAUCCGCAACGACGAGGAGCUCAACAAGCUGCUGGGCAAAGUCACCAUCGCUCAGGGCGGCGUCCUGCCCAACAUCCAGGCGGUGCUGCUGCCCAAGAAGACUGAGAGCCACCAUAAGGCCAAGGGGAAAUAA